GCAGCCAUGGUCAACCCCACCGUGUUCUUUGACAUUGCGGCCGAUGGCAAGCCCUUGGGCCGCGUCUCCUUCGAGCUGUUUGCAGACAAAGUUCCAAAGACAGCAGAAAACUUUCGUGCUCUGAGCACUGGAGAGAAAGGAUUUGGAUAUAAGGGUUCUUCCUUUUGCAGGAUUAUUCCAGGAUUCAUGUGCCAGGGUGGUGACUUCACACGCCAUAAUGGCACUGGCAGCAGAUCCAUCUACGGAGAAAAAUUUGAGGAUGAGAACUUCAUCCUGAAGCAUACAGGUCCUGGCAUCUUCUCCAUGGCAAAUGCUGGACCAAACACAAACGGUUCCCAGUUUUUUAUCUGCACCACCAAGACUGAGUGGCUGGAUGGCAAACAUGUGGCCUUUGGGAAGGUGAAAGAAGGCAUGAACAUUGUGGAAGCCAUGGAGCGUUUUGGGUCCAGGAAUGGCAAGACCAGCAAGAAGAUCACCAUUUCCGACUGUGGACAACUCUAAUUCUUUUGACUUGCGGGCUUCUUACCCACCAGACCAUUCCUUCUGUAGCUCAGGAGAGCACCCCAGCCCAAUCUGCUCGCAGUACCCUGUAA